GCAUCAUGCCGCCCGGCCAUGUCCGCCAUUUUGGCCUCUCGCUGACGGCCGGAGGGAUCUGAAAUCCUGCCCUCAGCUUCCAGGCCAAAAACAAAAAAUAUUAAAAAAAAAUCCUUUAUUGCCUGGCCGGAAUCACUGAGCCGCCGCUCGCCUCGUCCAGCCCGGCCCCGGGAGAGGGGCGAGAAGCUCACUGGGUUUGAUCGGAAAGACAUGGCGGGGGUCGGAGGUAUUGGCAGCGGCGGUAACGACCUGCAGUGGUGUUUCUCCCAGGUGAAAGGUGCCGUCGACGAGGAUGUGGCGGAGGCAUCCUGGGAAUCGUAAGCACAGGUGAAUUUGGUAACCACCUCUUCAGACAACAGAAUAAUAGCUCUAAGAAGAAGAUGAGCUUCAAGCCCAGAUUUUUGCCAGCAACUCAGACUUUUGAGCAAAAGCACUAAAGCCCUACUGAAGUCCCAGAUCUCCUCUUCCCUGAAGAGUACCCCUGCUCAGAUGCCCUCAAUACUCCCUGAGUGAUUCCUGAAGUCUUAACCAAUUCGGAAGAAGAAACUGACAGACAUUCAAAGAAUAAAAUUGACAGAUUUUCAUGAAAAACAGUUACUUGCAUCUUAAACAAGUUUUGUAAAUGGUGUUUAAGACUUCUACCUCUGGUACUAAUUCACUGAUGUCAACAUCAUCUUUUGAUCAAGCAGACAUAAUUUCAACUGUUGAAUUCAACUACUCUGGAGACCUACUAGCGACCGGGGACAAAGGUGGCAGAGUUGUUAUAUUUCAACGGGAGCAAGAGAGUAAAAACAGACCGCAUCACAGAGGUGAAUACAAUGUUUACAGUACCUUUCAGAGUCAUGAACCGGAGUUUGAUUAUUUGAAAAGUCUAGAAAUUGAGGAAAAAAUUAAUAAAAUCAGGUGGCUACCCCAACAGAAUGCGGCACAUUUCUUACUGUCUACAAAUGAUAAAACUAUUAAAUUGUGGAAGAUCAGUGAAAGGGACAAACGAGCAGAAGGAUAUAAUUUAAAGGAAGAGGAUGGAAGAUUUAGGGAUCCUGUCAGAAUAACCACGCUACGGGUGCCAGUAUUGAAACCAAUGGACUUGAUGGUAGAAGCAAGCCCCCGAAGAAUAUUUGCAAAUGCACACACAUAUCACAUUAACUCCAUUUCAGUAAAUAGUGACUAUGAAACCUACCUUUCCGCAGACGAUCUUAGAAUUAACCUAUGGCAUUUAGAAAUCACAGAUAGAAGUUUUAACAUUGUAGAUAUUAAACCUGCCAACAUGGAAGAGCUGACAGAAGUAAUUACAGCAGCAGAAUGUCAUCCACAUCAGUGUAAUGUAUUUGCUUAUAGCAGCAGUAAGGGAACUAUCCGACUAUGUGAUAUGCGUGCUGGGGCUCUAUGUGACAAACAUUCAAAAUUUUUUGAAGAACCAGAAGAUCCAAGCAGCAGAUCGUUUUUCUCUGAGAUCAUCUCCUCAAUAUCCGAUGUGAAAUUCAGCCACAAUGGUCGGUACAUGAUGACUCGAGACUAUUUGUCUGUUAAGGUGUGGGAUGUUAAUAUGGAAACCAGACCACUAGAAACAUACCAGGUGCAUGAAUAUCUCCGGAGCAAACUGUGUUCUUUGUAUGAGAAUGACUGCAUUUUUGACAAGUUUGAGUGCUGCUGGAAUGGUUCAGACAGUGCCAUCAUGACUGGUUCAUACAACAACUUCUUCCGCAUGUUUGAUAGAAAUACCAAGCGGGACAUCACACUUGAAGCAUCUAGAGAAAGCAGUAAGCCACGUGCCAUCUUGAAACCACGUAAGGUUUGCACAGGUGGGAAAAGGAAGAAAGAUGAAAUUAGUGUUGAUAGUCUGGACUUCAACAAGAAGAUUCUGCAUACAGCUUGGCAUCCUAAAGAGAACAUCAUAGCUGUUGCUGCAACUAACAAUUUGUAUAUAUUCCAGGAUAAAGUAAAUUAAAUUUGGCUUGAUUUAGGAUGAGACUUAUUCUUGCACAGAUAAGCCUAACAAUUUUCUUUGAAGGAAAAUGUCUUGUUCUCCAAAAUUAAUACAUCUGAUGCACAUACUUGCACAGCUACAGGAGGAGCAUUGACCUAUUCAUUUGUACUUGUGAUGCAUUUCUGCCUUCAGUCAGGACAUUACUUUCCUGUUCUCUGGAUGUGAGAAACCCACGAGAAGCAGACUGGAAGGACAGUAAUGGUCACAUAAGGCUAUCUCUUCAAUAUUGAUUUACUUAAUCAAGUCUGAGCUUUCCAUUAUGAUAGAAGACCAAAAGUGAAACACAGUUUAAUGCCUGUGUAAUCUGUCCUUACUGUGUAAUUUUUGGCCUUUAUGAACAUGAAUUGUGCUUGAUUUAUGCCUGUAAACAUUCCUCCUCUGGUCUCCGUCUUUUUGGCUCAAGUGUCCUGGGCUUGAACACUUCGGGCUUUAAGCAGAGUCAGUGGACAUAUUUUUUUUUUCUCUUGUAUAAUAACAUUUACUUACUGACUGUGUAUCUAUAACCACACCACCUGGUGUAAAAACCACUUAAUAAAACAACAAAUCGUGAAAAUGUGUUUUUAAAUCUGAAGAUAUGUAAUGUGGCUUUGUGAUUCUUUUUGCAAUGUAAACUAGGAAAGCUAAUUUGAAGUGACUGAGUUUAACAUGGAAUAGUGCAUGUUACACUUUUUUCUGGACAGCAGAAUAAGUAACAUUAUUGUAUGAUAGAAAUUCAAUUUAAUUUGCAAUGUAUUUCACAAAAGCGAUUGCUGAAAAAUGAACUGAACUCCAUUCUUAUGAAAAGA